UAUGGAGUUGGCUAAAAUUUCAUGUGAUUCAGUAAACAGAAUAUACAUUCCAUCAUUGCUAGAUCGAUCCGUAUGGUUCGAUAAAUAGUGAGCUAAUAAUGGGAUUUUUCAAUAAACAGGAAACUUAAGAUUAAGAUGCUCCGGAAUGAUGGAAAUGAGGGAAUGUCCACAAUACCUGGAUUUAGUCAGAUCCAAUUUGAGGGAUUUUGUAGGUUCAUUAAUGAGGGCUUGACGGAAGAAUUUCAUAAGUUUCCAAAAAUUGAAGAUACAGAUCAAGAAAUUGAAUUUAAAUUAUUUGUGGAAAGAUAUCAAUUGGUAGAACCCUUGAUAAACGAAAGAGAUGCUGUGUAUGAAUCACUCACAUAUUCUUCUGAAUUAUAUGUACCCGCGGGAUUAAUUUGGAAAACCGGUAGAGAUAUGCAAGAACAAACCGUUUUUAUUGGAAACAUUCCCCUAAUGAAUUCCCUGGGAACCUUUAUAGUAAAUGGAAUAUACAGAAUUGUGAUCAAUCAAAUAUUGCAAAGUCCUGGUAUUUACUACCGUUCAGAAUUGGACCAUAACGGAAUUUCUGUCUAUACCAGCACAAUAAUAUCAGAUUGGGGAGGAAGAUCGGAAUUAGAAAUUGAUAGAAAAGCAAGGAUAUGGGCCCGUGUAAGUAGGAAACAAAAAAUAUCUAUUCUAAUUCUAUCAUCAGCUAUGGGUUCGAAUCUAAGAGAAAUUCUAGAUAAUGUUUGUUACCCUGAAAUUUUCUUGUCUUUCCCGAAUGAUAAGGAGAAAAAAAAGAUUGGGUCAAAAGAAAAUGCUAUUUUGGAAUUUUAUCAACAAUUUGCUUGUGUAGGCGGGGAUCCGGUAUUUUCUGAGUCUUUAUGUAAAGAAUUACAAAAGAAAUUUUUUCAACAAAGAUGUGAAUUAGGAAGGAUUGGUCGACGAAAUAUGAACCGGAGACUGAAUCUUGAUAUACCUCAGAACAAUACAUUUUUAUUACCACGAGAUGUAUUGGCUGCUGCGGAUCAUUUGAUCGGAAUUAAAUUUGGAAUGGGUACACUUGACGAUAUGAAUCACUUGAAAAAUAAACGGAUUCGUUCUAUAGCGGAUCUGUUACAGGAUCAAUUCGGACUGGCUCUUGUUCGUUUAGAAAAUGCGGUUCGAGGAACUAUAUGUGGAGCAAUUCGGCAUAAAUUGAUACCGACUCCUCAAAAUUUGGUAACUUCAACUUCAUUAACAACCACUUAUGAAUCGUUUUUUGGCCUACAUCCUUUAUCUCAAGUUUUGGAUCGAACUAAUCCAUUGACACAAAUCGUUCAUGGGCGAAAAUUGAGUUAUUUGGGUCCUGGAGGAUUGACGGGGCGAACUGCUAGUUUUCGGAUACGAGAUAUUCAUCCUAGCCACUAUGGACGUAUUUGUCCAAUUGACACGUCCGAAGGAAUCAAUGUUGGACUUAUUGGAUCCUUAGCCAUUCAUGUGAGGAUUGGCCAUUGGGGAUCUAUAGAGAGUCCAUUUUAUGAAAUAUCUGAAAGAUCAAAAGAGGCACAGAUAGUUUAUUUAUCACCAAAUAGAGAUGAAUAUUAUAUGGUAGCAGCGGGAAAUUCUUUGGCCUUGAAUCGGGGUAUUCAGGAAGAACAGGUUGUUCCAGCCCGAUACCGUCAAGAGUUCCUGACUAUUGCAUGGGAACAGAUUCAUCUUAGAAGUAUUUUUCCCUUCCAAUAUUUUUCUAUUGGAGCUUCCCUCAUUCCUUUUAUCGAGCAUAAUGAUGCGAAUCGGGCUUUAAUGAGUUCUAAUAUGCAGCGCCAAGCAGUUCCGCUUUCUCAGUCCGAGAGGUGCAUUGUUGGAACUGGACUGGAACGCCAAACGGCUCUGGAUUCGGGGGUUUCCGCUAUAGCCGAACACGAGGGAAAGAUCAUUUAUACUGACCCUCACAAGAUCAUUUUAUCAAGUAAUGGGGACACUACUAUAAGUAUAAGUAUUCCAUUAGUUAUCUAUCAACGUUCCAACAAAAAUACUUGUAUGCAUCAAAAACCUCAGGUUCCGCGGGGUAAAUGCAUUAAAAAAGGACAAAUUUUAGCGGACGGUGCGGCUACAGUUGGGGGGGAACUUGCUUUAGGAAAAAACGUAUUAGUAGCUUAUAUGCCAUGGGAGGGUUACAAUUCUGAAGACGCAGUACUAAUUAGCGAACGUCUGGUAUAUGAAGAUAUUUAUACUUCUUUUCACAUCCGGAAAUAUGAAAUUCAGACUCAUGUGACAAGCCAAGGACCUGAAAGAAUCACUAAGGAAAUACCACAUCUAGAGGCUCAUUUACUCCGCAAUUUAGACAGAAAUGGAGUUGUGAUGCUGGGAUCUUGGGUAGAAACAGGUGAUAUUUUAGUAGGUAAAUUAACACCUCAGACAGCAAACGAAUCGUCGUAUGCUCCAGAGGAUAGAUUAUUACGAGCCAUACUUGGAAUUCAGGUAUCCACUGCAAAAGAAACUUCUCUAAAACUACCUAUAGGCGGAAGAGGUCGCG